AUGGUGGCCCAUGGCGGAUCUCAGCCUGUGUACCCUAAUCAUCCUUAUGUUGCUAACAUUACCCCACAAAUGACCGCUCCCCAGAACCCAAAUUAUCAACCACCAAGACCUCAAGGACCUUCACCAUACUAUCCACCACUAUAUCAACUACCAUACAACCCACAACAAUUCCCUCAACAACCAUAUUACCCCCAACAACCAUACCAACAAAGGCCACAAUACCCACCACAACAACAACCCCGUCCUCAAGCUCCCUACAAUCAACAGAAUCAAAAACAACAAUUUGAUCCCAUACCAAUGACUUAUGGAGCAUUACUGCCUUCCUUGCUCGUGCAAAACCUGGUUCACACACUACAACCCCCUCGCAUUCCAGAUCCUCUCCCACGCUGGUACCGUCCUGAACUUCAUUGUGUUUAUCAUCAAGGGGCAGCAGGUCACGAUGUGGAACGUUGUUAUGCCCUCAAGAAAGAGGUCCAAAAACUGCUCAAUAGCAAAGAGUUAACUUUCGCCGACCCUGAUCAUGUUGCACAGAACAAUCCUCUGCCUCCCCAUGGGCCUGUUGUUAAUAUGAUUCAAGAUUGUCAUGAAGAUGCUUGCAUUCUCUACGCAUGUGACAUCAAGACUCCUUUGGUACCGAUACAUGUGAAAAUGUGUGAAGUAGCUCUCUUCAGUCAUGAUCACGAGGCUUGUGAGGUGUGUUCGGUGGAUCCUCGUGGUUGCAUGCAAGUACAAAAUGAUGUGCAAGGUCUCCUAGAUAAAAAGGAACUUAUGGUUACAAAGGAAAUCAAGAGCAAAAGUGUUUGUGUUGUCACCCCAAUAUUCAGAGCUAGGAGGCCGCUUGUGAUAAACCCUAACAGUGCAAAGCCCGCUGGCACUCCUCUGGUAAUCUGUGUCCCUAGGCAUGUACCUCCUUCCUCUCAGAAAGCCGUACCUUACAAAUAUGAAGGCACAAUUCUAGAACCCGGAAGUGAAACGACCUCAUCCUCUGCUGUGGACAAUAUUGCUAAGAGUAGUCAGAUUUUGAGAAGCGGCCGCAUUCUUCCUGCUGUGGUUCAGAAAAACACUAGUAUUCCGGUCGAAGAAACAGUAAAGGAGCGGAACACAGGUAAAGGUAGAGUUGGAGGGCAUCCCAAAGAGGUUGACUAUGAGGAUGCUGAUGAAAUCUUAAAGCUGAUCAAGAGGAGCGAAUACAGGGUUGUGGACCAGUUGUUACAAACCCCUGCAAAGAUUUCCAUUAUGUCUCUGUUAUCAAGCUCUGGUGCUCAUCGAGAUGCCCUGAAGAAAGUACUAGACCAGGCUUUUGUGGAUUAUGAUGUGACUUUGGGCCAGUUUGAAAGUAUUGUGGGGAAUGUGACCGCAUGUAACAGUCUGAGUUUUAGUGAUGAAGACCUCCCAGCGGAGGGGAAGAAGCACAAUCAGGCGUUACUCAUCUCUGUACUUUGCAGAACAGACUCCUUAUCCAAUGUUCUGAUAGACACCGGCUCUGCUCUUAAUGUAAUGCCCAAAUCAACCCUUGACCAAUUGACAUAUUCCGAGGCUCUCUUGAGGCCCAGUAAGGUGACGGUGAGGGCAUUUGAUGGGACCAGAAGAUCAGUAUAUGGUGAGAUAGAUUUGCCCAUCUCAGUAGGCCCACAUGAGUUUCAGGUUACUUUUCAAGUCAUGGAGAUCCAAGCUUCUUUCAGUUGUUUGCUUGGCAGACCAUGGAUUCAUGACGCUGGGGCAGUGACAUCCACUCUCCACCAGAAGCUGAAAUUUGUAAGCCAUGGAAAGCUCAUUACUGUGAGUGGCGAGUCAGCCUUUUUGAUCAGCAAUUUGUCUGCUUUCUCUGUUAUUGGUGGUAGUAGUUCAGACGGGUCAUCAUUCCAAGGGUUCUCUGCUGAAGGAAGUGUAGGUAAGAUUGAGACUUGUAUGGCUUCGUUGAAAGACGCCCAGAGGGUAAUCCAGGAAGGUAAAACUGAAGGUUGGGGUCAGCUAGUGGAGUUACCAGAGAACAAGCGCAAGGAAGGGAUUGGUUUUCUUAACAGUAGGUCUAGGAUGUUUGACCCUACCGAAGGCUCUUUCCGCAGUGCUGGAUUCAUCCACGAUUCGCCAGAGAUCAAUGCAAUUACCGAUGAUGCGCCUGGAGGAGUGGCACCUGUCUUUGUAACACCUGGAGGAGCAUGCUGCAACUGGAUUGCUGUGGACAUUCCUUCUGUGAUACCCCGAUCUAAACUGAACAUAAGCGAGCCCGUUGAACACAGUAACCCCAUGCUUCCUCCCAACUUUGAGGUUCCGGUUUACGAGGCUAUAGUAGAGGAGGAUGAGGAGAUUCCUGAUGAGAUCAGAUGGAUGUUGGAACAAGAAAGAAAGACAAUUCAACCUCAUCAAGAAGAGAUAGAAAUCAUCAAUCUGGGUACUGAGGAAGAUAAAAAAGAGAUCAAGAUUGGGGCAUUGUUAGAGGUAUCUGUCAAGAAGAGGAUAAUUGAGCUUCUCAGAGAGUAUAAUGAGAUAUUUGCAUGGUCAUACAAGGACAUGCUGGGUCUAGAUCCUGAUGUUGUGGAACACAGACUGCCUUUGAAGUCUGAGUGUCCUCCAGUAAAGCAGAAAUUGAGAAGAUCUCAUCCCGAUAUGACCCUCAAAAUCAAAGAGGAAGUGCGAAAGCAGAUUGAUGCAGGUUUCCUAGUCACAUCAGAGUAUCCUCAAUGGUUGGCCAACAUAGUGCCCGUUCCAAAGAAAGAUGGCAAAGUCAGAAUGUGUGUUGAUUAUCGGGACUUGAACAAGGCUAGUCCGAAGGAUAAUUUCCCUUUACCUCACAUUGAUGUAUUGGUUGAUAACACCGCUAAGUGCAAGGUUUUCUCCUUCAUGGACGGUUUCUCCGGCUACAAUCAGAUCAGGAUGGCUCCUGAGGAUAGAGAAAAGACGUCUUUCAUCACGCCCUGGGGUGCUUUCUGCUAUGUGGUGAUGCCAUUUGGGUUGAUAAAUGCUGGUGCCACUUACCAAAGGGGCAUGACCAAAAAUUUUCAUGAUAUGAUUCACAAAGAAAUCGAGGUCUACGUAGAUGAUAUGAUUGUUAAUUCUGGCACAGAAGAAGAACAUGUUGAAUCUGGUAAACUCCUAGGCUUUAUCGUCAGUCAAAAGGGUAUUGAAGUUGAUCCCGACAAGGUCAAAGCCAUCAGAGAAAUGCCUGUUCCAAAGACAGAGAAGCAAGUCAGAGGUUUUCUUGGUAGACUGAAUUAUAUCUCCAGAUUUAUCUCUCACAUGACUGCCACAUGUGGACCAAUUUUCAAGUUACUCCGCAAGGAUCAAGGGGUGAAGUGGAAUGUUGAUUAUCAGAGGGCUUUUGACCAAAUCAAAGAAUAUCUGUUAGAACCUCCAAUUCUGGUUCCUCCAGUUGACGGAAGACCUUUGAUCAUGUACUUAACAGUACUGGAAGAUUCCAUGGGCUGUGUGUUGGGUCAACAAGAUGAAACCGGAAAGAAAGAGCAUGAUAUCUACUAUUUGAGUAAGAAGUUCACUGAUUGUGAGUCCCGAUAUUCUAUGUUAUUGUCCGAGUAUGAUAUUGUGUAUCGCACCCAGAAAGCAAUCAAAGGUAGCAUCUUGGUAGACCAUUUGGCCCAUCAACCAAUUGAAGACUAUCAACCAAUCAAGUUUGACUUCCCAGAUGAAGAGGUCAUGUAUCUAAAAGCGAAAGAUUGUGAUGAACCGGUGUUCGGUGAAGGUCCUGAUCCUGAAUCCGAAUGGGGUUUGAUUUUUGACGGGGCCGUUAAUGUCUAUGGUAGUGGAAUUGGUGCAGUCCUCAUUACCCCUAAGGGUACUCACAUCCCUUUUACUGCAAGGAUACGAUUUGAUUGUACAAACAACAUCGCUGAAUAUGAAGCUUGCAUCAUGGGUAUCGAAGAAGCCAUCGAUUUGAGGAUUAAGAAGAUUGUCAUCUAUGGAGAUUCAGCUCUCGUGAUUAACCAGAUCAAAGGUGAAUGGGAAACUCGUCAUCCUGGAUUGAUUCCCUACAGAGAUUAUGCAAGACGAUUGCUAACUUUCUUCAACAAAGUAGAGCUACACCAUGUGCCCCGUGAUGAGAAUCAAAUGGCGGAUGCUUUAGCUACUCUAUCCUCAAUGAUCAAAGUGAAUGGUCACAAUAUUGUGCCAGUAAUCAAUGUUCAGUUCCUCGACCGGCCUGCUUAUGUGUUUGCGGCCGAAGCAGUUGAUGAUGACAAGCCAUGGUAUCAUGAUAUCCAAGUCUUCCUUCAAACUCAAAAAUACCCGCCUGGGGCAUCCAACAAAGACAAGAAGACCUUGAGAAAGUUGUCAAGCCGAUUCUUCCUCAACGAAGAUGUAUUGUAUAAGAGGAACUUUGAUGGGGUCCUACUCAGAUGCGUGAAUAAGUAUGAAGCAGGAGAGUUGAUGCAUGAGAUACAUGAAGGCUCUUUCGGAACUCACUCAUGUGGGCACGCCAUGGCGAAGAAGAUAUUGAGAGCUGGGUACUAG